UCUAUACGUUAGUUAACGAGAGUCUAGAAUAUUGAAUUAAUCUGUUCUAGUCACACAAAAAAAGACAAAAUCAUUCCGGAAGUUUAUUUUGUUAGGAUGGUAAACAUUGAAAAACAGUGAGACAGUGACACUCAUUACACUGGCUGUUAGUUAGUGAUAGUGACACUAGACCUAGAAUAGAUCUAGAUCUAGAAUGUGACUAGAUUCUAGAUGAUAUAACAAGAAGCCCUAAACAAAUAUUUAAAAAACAUUUGAACAGCCAGGUGGGCAAAGAAUAGGUGAUUUGCCGUUGAUUCUGAGUUAGGCUACAACGCUGUCACCAUUUGUGUCCACAAGCACUUCCUGGCCAUGGAGGUCUCCUCCAGCACCAUGAUCUCCACACCGCAGAAUGAAGUUGACACUUACCCACUUCACCCUAUCUCUACGUCAGUGGCCUCUUCAUCCUCUAGAGCGGCUAGUCAAGAUGUCUCAGCAUCCUCUGGAGAAAGGGGCCUGAACAAUUCUUCUGCUGACAUAAGUGAGGGCUCUGUGGAGACAGUUCGCUAUGGACCCACAUUGCCACCAACAUUUUACACUUCUGAAACAGUGAACUAUUCAAAAGAUGUAUUGGAUUCCAAAGCAGUUCAUGGAUCCUGUGGCCUGUACAAUCUUGGCAACACUUGUUUUAUGAAUGCUGGGAUCCAGAGCUUGGUCAGCUGUGCUCCUUUGGUCAAGUAUUUCUGUGAUAAUUACAUCCUUACAGACAGUAAUCGUCACACACUGACCACCCAGUUCUACAUCCUCCUGUGCAAAAUGUGGAGUGGCAAGUUCUCUGUGGUGCACCCAAGGAAAUUCAAAGAGUAUUUGGGGUUUUAUCAUUCCCAGUUUGAGGACUACAGACAGCAUGACUGUCAAGAGUUUCUUGCUCUUCUAUUGGACACACUUCACGAACAACUGAACAACGCAACAGCACAUAAAGGCUCCUUCUCAUCCUCUCCUCUACCUCUAGCCCAAUCCUUGUUGACAUCAGCCUCAUUACUACAGCCUGCGUCUUUCCCUGUGGCUGGUGGCUCAUCCGCCAUUACCACUACAAAUAUAGGAACAGACUAUCCAUUCCUAUUAGCUCGGCCAGGUGAUGAUGCCAUUGUUACACAUGGUGAGAUGUCUAAUGUGAUAGACCUCAACAAUAAGGAUUCCAAAAGCUCUGUGAUAGAACUUUGUGCUGAAGAAAGCACAGAAACAGGAAGUGCUUCCAAGUUUGCCCAGCCUUCUCUGAUUGGUGAAAUAGGGCAAAGUCCAAGUUAUCCUAGUGAGGGGAGUCCAAGAAGUGAAGCCUCAGUAUCAGACUCGGCCGUCACAAGUCCAUCUAGUCAUGGCGAUGUUGCUAGUCAGAAAAGUCCUGAUCGGGACGAUGAAGAAUUAAUCUCCAGUUCUUUUCCUUCGUUGAAACGUUAUACUAGCCGACCCAACUUGGAUGACGUGUCAUCUUCUGACUCCAGCUUGCUUCUGAAGCCCUCACUUAAAAGGGUGUCUAGUGGGAGCUCCGUUACGACCUGUGGUGCCCUUUUCCAUUCGGAAGACAGCAACCAUUCAACUAUCUCUGCUCACAGCACUGACUCUGAGCAGAGCAGCGCUUUUAAAAGGCUGAAAAUUGAUGCAUCUGAGCUAAAUAGGAACUCGAAUAACAACAUCAAGGACUGUGUCACUUCUUCCUCUGAUUGCAAGAAAGCCAACAAGAAUAGAAAAAACAUGCUGAGUGAUUCUGGUGUCUUACGAGAUCCAGAGGAAGCUAUUGUCUCAGGUAACAUUGUCUUAUCAUGCCCUCAGAAAGAUCUCAACGUGAUUGAUAACAUGGUGACAUCCUGCCAGGAGGCUCUCUGUCUGAAUGCCAAAUUUUCUAGUUCAGACAACCCAAGUGCUCAGUCCCAGCUAUCUCCAGGACUUCUGGAUGACUAUUAUAGUAAAGAGACCAAGACACUUAAUACCAAUGUUUUAGUCUCUGAGUUUCUCCAGGAGAUCACCUCUGACUCUGAAAAGUUUGCCAAAGUGGAUAACCGACAUCACAGACCGCCGUCCAAGGAGAUUAACAUUCUCCAAGAAGCUUUUGGAGAAGAGGAUAAAACAGAUAAGGUUUUACUUUGCCAAAGGCUAAGUGGGAUCAAGGACACUAAUCUUCAUGUUCAUUCAGCCUCUGCCAUAGUUAAGCCAGUUACCAAGAAUAUGGAUACCAAUGUUUUGAACAACAGUCUUGACCUAGACGUGCUGGAUGCUGAGCCCAUGUCAAAACUUUCCCCCCAUACUAACGAGGUGUGCCCUUUGGAGGUGCUGCUUCCCCACAAACUGAAUGAGGAAGAGAAGAAUGUUCAGAUGCAGGCCUACAGCAAGUUCAACACCAUCCCUGUUCACAGCAACAUCCGGACUGACCUGACAGAUUCAGCACCAGGUGCUGAGAACAUGGAAAUAGAUGAGGUUGAAGUUGAAUGCUCUGAUGAGGAGGAGAUUGAGUCCUCAUCACAUCUAUCAUCAGUUGAAUGUUCUUCUGUACCAAACUGCUUGCGUCAUUGCCCGUCAUCUGAAGUGAUGAUGGCCAACAUGGCUUGGAAUGACUACCUGGCCAAAAAUGACAGCAUAGUUGUAAACACCUUUCAAGGACAGUUCCGUAGUACAGUGGUGUGCUCUGAAUGCAGUCAUGUGUCAGUGACCUAUGAGCCCUUCAUGUACCUCUCACUACCUAUACCUCAUGCUAUGGACCAGCAAAUAUGUGUUGUGUAUGUCUCCCAGAACCGACCUCCUGUGCGCUACCUCCUCAACCUCCUGAAGACAGACAAGAUUGGGACUGUGAAGAAAAAACUCAGUGAGUUGAUGAACUUGGAAAAUACAGAUUUCAUAAUGGCUGAAGUUUUAGAUUCUCAUAUAUCUAGGAUACUGGAUGAGAACAUUCUGCUCAAAUAUGUAAAUACUUGUAACAGAAAAAUUUAUGCUUUUGAAAUGAUCUCCGCUGACCCUGGCCUUGUGACAGCCAAUGAAAAUGUGUUGUGCAAUAGUUCCUUGAACAACGAUGUGGAGCAGCCGUCUAGUUCCAGACUCGAGCUCCCAUACUUGUCUGAAAGUCAGGUGUCCAACCAAAGCUUUGAUUCUAUCAACGUGAACUCUCCUAGCAGUAGGGACUCACCAGACUACAUGUUUUCAGACUCAGAGACCUGUGAUCCCAUUGCCCAGGAAAACUCUGAAUUUCCAUCUGUUUACCUGGCAGAUGAUGACAAUAAUGAAGGAGAGUGUCAGUCCACAACAGACAAGGUGACUGGCAAUAGCCCAUGGGUGUAUGGUGGCUUCUCCAAUAGCCAACGCCUUUCUUGGACAUUAGAGGGUGACGAUAAAGGCAUGGACUCGUUUGAUGCUGGUGUGGGCAGUACGUCUGUCGAGGCUGCUAACACUAGCACUGCCUACUGGGUUGAUGAAGCUAGUCUUGAAGUUAACAGGUCAUUGUUUACAGAAGAUGUUACCAAUGAGGCAGUGUGCACUAAAGAAAUGAGUGCCAGCCAAACUACCGCUGUUUUGGGUGAAUGCAGUGACGCUGUCUGCCCAACAAAUCUAGUCAAAUCAAAUAGCUUGGUGGAGGGCCAGCAGUCUGCUAAAUUCUCCACCUGCAGACCAAAUCAAAAUUCCUCAAUUCACUCACCUGUUGGUACAUCAUUUGUUGCUGCCCAGGGCCUGCUUAGCAGUAAGGAGGCUAGCCACGGUGAUAGCAGCAAAAACACAUCCAGGUCCUGCCCUAGUCCUGAAACAUUUUCACAUGUUCCUGAGCAUGAGGCAACACUUUUAAGUGUCGCUGCCAAACUGGAAGACCAUCCAGGAUCUUAUUUCCUUAACCGAUCUCAAAAUGAUGCUGAUUAUGGCUACUUCCAAGACAGUGGGUCCAUGAAUGCAGCAUCCACUUCAUGUUCACAAGGGGAAGGCCACCAUUCAGACAUCAAUAACUGGACAUCCCAUUUUCCUGGACAAAAUUCUAGUCUCGAGGAGCCAGAACAAAUGCGUCCAUUGACUGAUAGAUGGCGUCCUUGCGCCAUUUGUUUAGAGGAUCUCUUAGACACUGAUCUCUUGACACAUGUUAGCUGUGAUGGUGUCUUUUGUCAGCCAUGUCUAGAGAUGUCAGUGAAACAUGCAGCUGAUGUAUCAGCCUUCUGUUGUCCAAUCUGUCUCCACCCUGCCAAUUCAUUUGAAGACUUUGUUCCUUUAGCAACUGCUACAGCUACCAACCCAAAGAUCAGAACACUCCCUAUGAGCAUAGCAUAUCGUCACAAUGUCAGAGACAACUCGGGCUCAGACUGUCUUCAACUUUUUGGCCACCCAAGCAUUCUUCAGAUGCCCAGCGUGAUAUCAGGAGAUUCUCUUUACAGCCUGGUGGACCGUAUGGUUAGUCCGCUGCUGUCCACUUACUCCAUCAAAUUGACUGAUGGUCAGGGUUUGACCUGCUCUCGGUGCACUUAUUCAAGGCACUGCUCUGGCUGUGAGGUCACUCGAGAUGGAGAGGUGGUACUGCAGCCCUCUGACUGCCUGACAGUUCACAUUUGUGACACCCUGUCGCCUGAUCAGGUCUGCGAGUGGCAAUAUGUGCACGAGGACUCCUCCAUGGCUGGUCUCAGGUCACUGGAGCCCACCACCAUUAUGGACUGUUUUGGUGCCUUCACUCAAAGUGAGAUUCUAGAUGAACACAACCCGUGGUACUGUCCCCAGUGUGAGAGGAACCAAUGUGCUAAAAAGACAAUGACAGUCUGGAGGUAUCCAGACAACCUCAUCAUCCACCUGAAGAGAUUUGUGUACCAAGACUUAUCCAGCACCAAGGUGGAUACGAAAGUUCUGUUCCCACAUGAAGGCAUGGACGUCCGUGGAUUCCUGUCUGGGCCGAGCUCUGGUGGUCUGGUCUAUGACCUGUACAGCAUCGUCUGCCACUUUGGGGGUGCCAGCGCGGGGCACUACACUUGCUACUCUAAGCACCCCUUGACUUCCCAGUGGUACUACUACAAUGAUGACUCUGUUUGUCAGCAGACUCCAUCUGAGAGUGAAUACAGCAGUGGCUAUGUCUUGUUUUACCAGAGACAAGGUACGGAUGUUGUUUUCACACCACCAGAAAAUAUCCCCUUAUUGGAGGAGGAUGCUGCAGAAAAUAUGGCCCCUGGGACAUCUCACAGCAGUCGAAACAAUGGCUGCAGCAACAACAGCAUGGCCCUUGUGCUGUUCCAGCCCCCAUCGUCCUCAGAGCCUAAGGGAGGCAAGCAAGUGUAUGAUGAUUACGAUGGUGAGCGCCAGUUUGGCCCAGGGGAGGACGAGUCUUUAACGGUUCACUUUGGGUCCUCGUUCCCUACAGAAGGCCAGAGUGAGGCUGAUGGGAGUGAUGCUGUAGCAGUUGUAAAAAUUGACAAAGAUGUGGGUAAUAGUAGCAUAACAUUGGUAGCAGAACCAGACAGUACAUUAGACUUCUAUUCUUAAAUAGUGGAUUCAGACAGUGUUUGAAAGGAACAAGAAUAUAGAUAUUUCUUAAAAUGAACACUAUUUACUCAUUGGCACAUCAAUGUGCUUGCCCUGCUCCACGAAGCUAGUCUUUGGCCACCAAAACUCAACAGUGCAAUCUAUCGCUGUAGACCAGAUCUCUACUAGAUUCAUAUCAACUGUUAUUUAAUCAGACUAAAGAUAACUUUUAUUUCCAGUGAAUUUUUCUUGCGUGUGUGUGUUGCUAACUUCAGGCUAAAUUUGGAUUCGGUGAGAGCUCAUAGAGUGUCACAUUGAAUUUGUUUUGGACAUGCUCAUGUGCUACAGCUAAUUUGGCAUUGAACAUUGAUUUGACAAACUGCUACAGCUGUUUUAUAACUAAAGUGUGAUUGACUUGAUUCAAUUUGAAAGGGAUAUAUGUAUGUAGUUUUGUUGAGUCAUGCAGCUUUGUAGUCUGUGUUUAAAAUUUAUAACAAAUGUCAGGGAUUAUGUUUCAAUGUAUAUAUAUAUAUAUAUUUUUCUUUGUCUCUGACAUAUUCUUUUGGUAUAUUUUUCAAAAUGAUUUCCUGAAAAGGUUUACAGGAGCUGAACACUGUUAAUCCUGAUGUAAGCCUGCAGAUUUUAAGUUUAGUUUUAUAAGUAGUAAAUAUAUUUUCAGGGAAAAUUUUAGUUUGGCAAGUAGACCAGCAAUAAGCAACUACUUUGUUGAGGAGCUCACAAUUACUAUAUUAGUGUAGGCAGAUGACCUUUGUUAAAUGGUAGUUGUCUUUGUACUUUAACAUUGAAAGAUUCUAAUCUUUGUUUUUGAUUUAAUGAGUAUAUUUUUUCUUGUUGUUGUUUUUUUUCUCUCCAUCCACAUGACUUUGAGAGCUGACUAUUGUUUUAAAAAUGCAGAGCAGUUGAAAGAAAAUCUAUCAUAUAUGUCUAGGCAAUGAGAUUUACAGGAGAACCAACUUUAACUUUAUAUUUCAUUUCAAAGGAUUUAAUCUUUUUAAAGUCGCUAUAUUUCAUCUAUGUGCUUUGUUAUUUUCAGGCUAAAUUAAUGAAACAUGCUAAUGAAUAUGUAAUAGUAAUCUUUUUUUUUUUCUUUUCAUUUUCUUUAUUUUUAUAGAUUUUGGUUUUAGAUGUUUUGUUACAUUUUGUCAUCACUUAUAGUAAUAGUGUUGUUGUUUUUUUUCAAUUUCGAUGAAUGUUUUUUUUAUUAAGGACGCAGACAUUUUUCAUCUUUCCAUUUCAUCCACACAAGAACUCUUGGGUAAAAUUUGUUUCAUUUGAGACAUCACCAGACCAUCUUCCUUUCAAAUGAGAUGCCCACGUGUGUCUCCCAGUGCCACAAAAACUAGCAUUGACUAUAAAAUUCCAUUUGUCACUUAAUGUUUUUUUAGCUUUUAUUUUUGUGUCUUUUUUUUUUUUUUUUUUUUUUUCGUUUGGGUUGCUGCCCUUACAGGAUCUCCUAAAAGUGCAUUAAUAUAUGUGGUGAUAAUUGUUGACUUGGAAUAAUUCCUCAUUUAUUACUAGGGCACUGUUAGGGUAAUCAGGGCAUCACCUUAAUAAACAGGGCACAUCUUGCCUCUAGCUAGGAAAAGGAAAUCUUGUGAUGCAUGUCCCAGCAUUGUGUUGGCUGCAAGUCAUGUUCGCUCCUAUAAGCCAUUUUGUGGGACACAACCAAGUCAGCCGAGAAUGUACAUUUCAAAUUAAUAAUUUUUGUAUUCAUCAUCUGUCCCUUGGCAUUUGUCGUAGGGGUGAUGUGACAGUUCCUGAAACCAAAGUCCUCCACUUUUCCUGGACAGAUGCACUGGAUAUCAAGAGAAAGGCCGGUCCAUUCUUUUACAUUGUCUAGCUAGUUUUUUGUUUUUUUUUACCACCCUUUCUUUGUAUUUCUGAUACUGUUAAAAUAAUUUGCUCUAUGAUAUUGUUCCACGGCAUUGAGACAUUUACAAAAGAGGUGGAAACGUUUGUGCUGUCAGUACAGUUUCAUAGGCAAACAAAAACACUUCUGUCAUAAUUAUGUGUAAUGUCCUUACAAAAAGAGAAGUUUAUCUAGUCUACGUUAUAGCACAUGUUGUGCUUUGAGCAGUCCUGUGAGUUAAAGCAUUCACACGGGUCUCAGUUUGAUGUUGGGAGAAAUCAUCAGAAUAAAGAGAUUAAAAUAUUGUUUUAGUCAGAGCCAAGUGGGUGAGGGCUGGGCGGGGGGAUCACAACAACUCAUAUCACUUUCAAACUAUUUUUAAAACAUUUUGUGUGUCAAUGUGUCUUGAUUAAAUAUUGGACUUUAGGUUGUGAAGAGAAAAUGCUUUUUUUUUUUAACAGCUGAUUUAGUUCACAUCUUACAGCUAAGCAGUAGCAAAUAAUUUAAGCUGUGAACCUUUUUGAUUAGUGAGCAGACCUUCAUUGAUCACAUCCAGAGUCAACAAUGACUAUUUGUACUGUCAGCUGAUGUACUGUAAGAUAUAACUAUUUGUAUACAUUUUUCUACCAAGGGCUGUUAUGUAGCGAAUUUCAACUGUUUUACAGCAUACAGGUUGUAUAAAUGUGUACAACAUUUCAGUCUGUUGUCUAAUGAUUUUUUUUUUUGUUUGCUUUAUUUUUGUGUUGAAGGGUCAAAAAUACUUGUGAGCUUAUAGAGUUUUGUUUUAAUGUUUGUAUCAUGGCUGUGGAGAUGUUGAACAGUUCAAAAAGGUUGUCAGUGCAAACUCAACAUAAGAACCUUGAUUUGAAUAUCUGUCAGAGUUAUCCAGCAGUAGGUGAAGGAAAAAAAACUUAGAAAAACAUAAUAUAGACACUUUCAGAUUUUAAAAAAAAUCAAAAUUACUGAAGGUAAAAAAAAAUAAAUUUGGCUAAUUUUUCCAUGAUAAAUGAAUUACUAUAUCUUCAGUGCAUUGCAUGACCCUCCUUGUUCUGUUUAAUAUUUAUGAAGCUAACAUUUUUUUCAUAACAUGUGAACUUAAUUCUUUCAUAGAAUGGAACAUAAUUGUUCUCAUUAUGACAGAAAUAUUUUUUGUACAUAGAUCUCUAGGUCUAUGCCAAAUUGGCUCACUAUUCUGUACAUGAAUGUCUAUUUAUAUCAUCAGGUUGUGUUAGGGAAAAUAAAAUGGAGGAGGUUUGAAUUAGAAUCUUAUUUCAUGCACUUUUAGAGUUUUUAAAAAGUUCCUCAUGACUCAGUCUUUAGAUUAGAAUAGGGUGAUCACAGACAAUUGAUAGAGAGUUGGCACCACAUAGCCUAUCCACAUUUUUGUCAGUAUGACAUAGUAUACUAGUAGAUCAUGAGCGUCUUGGAAAUGAUAGAUUUUGUGGCAGUGCAGGGGAACAAAUUUGGAACAAUCAGAUGUAGAUACUAUCAUAUAAUUAAUUACCUUUGCCCCCCCCCCCCAUUUUGUUUACAUUUCUAGUUGACAUUUCUCGCCCUUGUUGGGAGACUUCAUCAAUGUUGAGUGUAGAUGCUCACUUCAAUACAUCAACCUGUACACUGUUGUAGUGUGGGGUAUGGCUAGAUAGCAAGCCAGUAGAGGUAUAAACCAUGUAGCUGUCCAUUGAGAGCUUCUAGUUUGGCUGUUAACACUGACAUGUAAGUAUCUGGAGUGUGACAAUCUGCUAGCAAUAGUGUUCAAGACAACCAUUUUUUCCCCUUGUUGAAAGAGUUUGAGGGGGAGAUUAACCCGCAUAACUCAGGGUCUUAUAAUACUAACUUGUAGCGAGUAGUUCUCAAGGAGCAGUAGUUUCCCUUUGAGUGCUUUAUAUCCUUACCACAGUUGGUGGUAGAAAAAAAGGAGGAGUGGGGGUGUCCAAGCCUGGGGCAAUAGGAUGGCAGAUUUUGUUUAUUUAUAUCUUUAUAUUCCAUAUAUAUAGCCUGCCCCCCACCCUUUUUAUCUAUUCUCAUCACUUGUUCCAAAACGCAGCAGUUCCCACCCAAUAUUCUUAUUUUCCAGCCAACAUGGUAAGCACAUUCUGGUGUCAGCUCAGGCCAUCUCAAUGAGAAUUAUUGUUUCCAUAUUGAAAUUUUGAAAAUCUAUUGUUUGAUGUUGUUUUCUCUAUUGUCCUUCAAUACUCGUCCUACUGUGUGUCAUUCAUUCAUUGCCUAAUGUGUCGUUGAAAGACUUGUACAUGCCACUGAAUGUCUUAGAGAAUAUUUUGUCCACAAAAAAACUUUUUUAAUUUGCUAAAGGCAUGGAGUUGGUGCAGUUGAGAUUGUGCGUGCAACGAUGUCUCUGAGGAUGGUGUCAGAAGUGCUUACAAAAGUAGAUUGAAACAAUUAAAACUUUCUGUUGUCUUA